AUGACUGGGCAACUCACAUGGCUGGUGACAGGCUGUACAUCGGGGAUGGGAGAGAGUUUGGUCCACGCAAUUCUUGAAGCAGGCGACCGAGUGAUUGCCACAGGAAGAGGACGAGAAAGCAGCGGCGUUGAACGCUUGUCCCACUUGAAAGAUGCCGGAGCUGCCGUGAUGGAGCUCGACGUCACUGCACCGGAGCAUGUGAUCAAAGCCAAAGUUGCAGAAGCUUGGAAUAUAUACGGUCAGAUCGAUGUCCUGGUAAACAACGCCGGGUACAUCGACGUGGGCAUAUUUGAAGAACUCGAUGAGAAAUCUUUAACGCGCGCUCUUCACACUAACGCAAUCGGUCCGCUAAAUUUAACACGUGCCUUCCUCCCUUACAUGCGCAGCAGAGGAACAGGAACACUACUCUUCAUGUCCUCUGUGGGCGCAUAUUACGGCACGCCCGGCGCCAGCUCCUACAGUGGCUCCAAGGGAUUACUCGAAGCGAUAGUGCCCAACAUUGCAGCUGAAGGAGCGCCAUUCGGCAUUCGAACCUGCAUGCUCAUCCCAGGCUUCUUCCGCACAAAAGUAUGGACGCCCGGAAACAUUUUCUACAGAGCGCCCAAUCCGUUACCGGAAUAUGCGGAGAUCAACAAGGGCCUACACACUUUCUGCAUUGAUGGAGACGGGAAACAGCCCGGAGACCCUCGAAAGGCGGCAGAUGUUAUUUUGGAUGCUGUGAAGGGGCAGGGGUUGUGUGCUGGGCGGGAGUUGCCGCCUUUCCUGCCGCUAGGACCGGAUGGGGUGCAAAUCAUCCGCGAGAAUUUAGAGGGGAGAUUGAAGGUCGUCAAGGAGUGGGAGGAGGUGGCUUCUGCGACGAACUUUUCAGAUCUCACGCCGAUUAUCGAGAAGGCGAAGCUCUGA